AGUUAAAUUCAUUGGAAGAGUGAAAGAGACGGUGAGAGAAAACGGCCGCGCCUGCUCAGUGCUGUCUACGUGAGUUUCCAGCUGAUCCAGUGUAAGGCAGCAGACGACGUGAGGAGCUCCGCGUACGCUAUAUUAUAAGACCUCUCACCUCCCCGUUACACCUCUCAGUGUCUCUGUGCGUUUGUGUGUUGCGUGAGACUUUACCAUGGCUGCUGCAGCAACCAACGCCGUCUACAGCCAGGUGUUUAAGAAAAAAAUAGCGGAUGUGUUCAGAGUGGGUGCUGGAGGGGGCCUCUGCUUUUGUGGCAUUAACAUGUACUUCAAGAACGAGAAGUUUUAUGACGACUGGGUGAUGCCUAUCUUCAAUCGCAUGGAACCAGAGACAGCACACGCAGUGGCACAGCAGGCAGCUAAAUAUAAACUUGUGUCUAAGGAGAAACUGCAGGAGUCAAGGCUUUUGACUUCUCCGGUGUGUACGUGUUCCUCGAAUCAUUCUAACACAGAUAUGCUGAACUAAUGACUGCUAGUCAACGCUGCUUUGAGACAGAGGCAGAAACUGCUUUAAUUUGGAAGUUCAUUGACGCUCCUCACAAUGUGAAUGAUUUUAGCUUUAAUCUUUAGUUACUUUUGACAUAUCCAUUUUAGCUUUAAUCAUUAGUUACUUUUUAUAUAUCCAUUUUAGCUCCUUUAGUUCCUUUUUUUCUUAGGCCAUAAUAUUAACGAAGACGGGAAGGAAUUAGGGUAGGAUAAAGCAGCAAAAAAUGUUAGGGGUGGGUUAUAAAUGUGGUUUUUGCUAGUUAUUUGUUGCAGCUUUAAUAUCUAGUUUUGAUAUGUCCGCUUUUAGGUUCAUGUACUCUAAUUUACAUAGUUUUAAUGUAUGCAUGGUGCCAAUUUAUGAAUAUAUUUUUCAUAUUUUUUAAGCAUGUCCACGGGUGUAUACACAGUAUAUCAACGUGCAGUUGAUAAGCUAACAAACAAAAUUCAGGACCACUUUUGACAAUGUUAAAUAUAAUUUAGUGGUAUGUGAAAUUGUAAUAUUCAUUAAAAUAAUUAGAAUGAAUUAAAAGAUAAUUUAUGGUUUCAUUAAACGGAAUAUUUUGGAACUCAUGCUCUUUGAGCUGGAUAAAGUUCUCUGUAAAUAACUUUUGAGAUUUGUUCAUUCUGUUUGGAACAUAAUUAACUGUGACUACAAAAAACAUGGUGCUGAUGGUGAAAUGUGUAAUAUUCAUUUUGUUAUUAAUGGGACAAAUGGAGACUAUAAAUCAGACUAUUUGUAACCUGAAGAGGUUGAAGUGUUGUCUUGUGGGUUCAUUUAUGCUUUACUGAAUUCAUGUACUGUAAUGAAAAGUGCACAUUUUGCUUUGUGCAACUGGUACAAAUUAAUAAUUUAGUUCCCCUUUAUACUUAAAUAAAACUUUAAUAAACUUUUAUAUACUUCAUCUUGCUGAUUCAGAGGAGUAUUAUCAGAGGUCUAGGCGAAGUUUGGCAUUAUUUCGCAUCAAAGACUUUUGUAGACCUAAGAAUUAUUAUACAGAGAACGGGCCACAUUGGAACUGGAAUUUAUUGAAAACCCUCAUUCGAUGUUACGAAAAAACUUGUAGAACAAGUGUGGUUUCCAUUUCACUAAAUUAAAAUUAUAUUAGUGAUUAAGUAUUAUUGUGACAUUUUACCAAAUUAGUCAUUAUUAGACUAUAAAUGCUGUGAUUGUGUAAUUAAGUUUUCCUAAAUCGUGUAAUCAAUAGGUCUUAACCCCAACUAACGAACUAACCAAUCAUUUAUUGUGAAACCAAAUGGUAAUUUCAUGAUUUUUUCCCAUCAUUUUGUUUAAAGAUGUACAAGUAUAUAUUUUUAUACAGACUCUGCCUCCUAGUAUCACCAUGGUUUAUAUAAUAUCGGUGAAUUUAGGGUUUUUUAUAUUUUCAUCUUGAGUCUCAUCAAUCUAAAAUCUUCAAUUACUGUAUUUAUUGGGCAUCGAAGACUUUACUUUUUCUGGCAGCUGAAAUAGUACCGUGUCUAUUAAUGAUCAUCUGUAAAUAGCACACAAUUUUUGUACUGUUGAAUAAAAUUGAUCAUUUGCUAGGAUACAAUUUUUCGCACCCUUUUCACUGUCAGUUACAUGUGUGAUGUGUGCUAGUAGGGUGGCUAGCAAAUGUUUCAGUUGUGGAGGAGCUAGCCAUUCCAGCUAGCACACAUGGAACCAUUGAUCUCCCACCAAUCACGCCUGUAACUAUACCUGAAUAUGAUAAGGAGCCUGUCACUCUUCCGAACACACAUAUAACCCCAUCCGAAGCUGGAGAUGAGGUAAUCGUACGGGAAUUACCUACUAUAAAAGACAAGUUAUCCAUGCCAGAGAAAAGACGAGGAUGUACUUGUACUUGCUUCCAUGGCAGACAUUGGUCUGAGACACCCAUGAAAGGGAGCCAAGGCCGGGCCACCUCUUGGAAAAGGCCCGGACUAGCCAAUUAUACCGGUGAAUCUACUUCCUACAUGCCAGAGAACAUCAAUGGUACCUGUUAAUUAUUAUAUACGAUGUAUUAUAUACGAUGCAUGACUGUCAUAUAUGAUGAUCUGCCCCAUCACUUCCCAAUCACUCUUAAUUAACCGGGAACACAAAAAUAACUUCAUCAACUACUUGGAUCAAUGUUAUUUGCCCACUCGCACAAAAAUUUAAUGAUUUAAUUGUCACCAUUGAGACAUUAAGGACAAAUAUUCCACCAUAAAUGACAAUACGUACCAUCAUUAAUACAAUCCAUAACUAUGCAAUUUAAUACAUGAAGCUAACAAAACAUCGUAUAUCGUAUCGUAAAUGCUGAACCCCCAGACUUGUUCAGAACUUUCUAAGUUGCACUAUCAAAUGCAAGGAAUAGAAAGCAAGAACCUAGGCGACAGGAGUGGGAACAUUUUGUUAGUUAAAUAAGUCUGGCUUGAAAAGGCAUAAAUAAAAUAACCAGGAAAAAGAGUAAUAAUGUUGCACAUACCUUUCCUCUUGAAAAAAAAAAAUACCUAUAAAUAACUGGUCCAAAGUAUCCAGGCAUGAAAAACUCCCAUCUCAUGUUAGAAGGCUGAAACUGAUUAAUUUUAUGAUCCAAAACAGUGAGUGAUUGCCUCUUCACUGAGUAUGAAUUAUAGUGCGUUAAAUAACGUCGAUCAACCGUUCCUGGAGAGGAUGGUAUAACUUAUAUCCUCAGCUGUACGGCAGGUCCUUAAUAACCUUUUGUAAGCACUAUAAUCUCAAUUCCAUCGAGGGUGUUCUUCCUACUUCCUGGACUAAUAGUCUCAUUGUGCCUAUCCUUAAACCGCAACAGUCUCAUACAUUUAGACCAAUCUCCUUAACUAGUUUUCUUUGUAAAACUUUUGAAAGAGUGAUACUUAACAGACUAUACUAUAGAAUCAGGCACCAACUUUCCCCUCAUUACUGUUUCCAUGAUAUGAAAAAGUGUACAAUUAUAUUUCCACCUUUCUCGCUUCACUACUAGUUUUACCACAUAUUUCGAUCUAAAACCUGCAUUUGAUACCGUUAUAUUACAUGAAUUAGCCGAAAUAAAUAUUGGUGGUAGCCUACUUAGUUGGAUAAUACGACACCUGUCAAUAGAGUAUCCUCUGUUCUCUACCAAGUCUUUAGAAGCGAGUCUAAAGAAAUUAUCUAAAUUCUCUAACUUACCUAAACAUAUAGUUACAAGCUAUGUUGACGCCAUCAUGAACCAUAUAACAGGGUAUAAAUAGACGAGUACCACUUAUAACGAAGUUCAAGCAAUUUGUAAUCGAUUAGGCUUCAUCACAUCUUCAUCUAAAACGAAGAUAUUGAUCAGCAAACUACAUGCCACACCCAUCUGUUUGCAGAUGUUCUCUAAACUGUUGUUGGCUACAACCCCAACUAUGGCGCUAAUUUGAGAAUGAUGUAUACAGCCUAUAUUAGAUCCUUAAUUGCUGCACCCUGUAAUAUUAGCUAAGGAAAAUUUUCUCUGGCCCUUGGACUUAAUAUGAGGAGGGAGCUUGGUGUUUCUAAUAUCAGUGAUAGGAUUAUUGAGAUUAACACUGUAUUUGGUAUUAGAAUGUUAAAAAAUGAACACCCGACACUGUCAUUAUGAAUCUUAAUAAAUGUCUAGAAAUACACAUAUAUCUAAAUAGGUUGUGAAAACAUGCUAUUAUAUUAAGUUUUGUAACGUACGAACUGUAUCACUGUAAACAAGAGCAUUUCACUCUUCCAUGGACGAUGUGUUCACAAGUAAUCCCUUCGUUAAAUCGCUUGUAAAACAACUGCUCAAUAAGAAAUUUCGUAAGUUAUAUACACUGAUGGAUCAGAGCAGGAGUCUUUUGGUAGGGCUGUAUCUGCUCUUGUUGCCACCUCCCUAGUUUAGAACGAUAGGAACUUUGUCGAGUCAGGCAUAAGAAUUAACAUUGGGCGUCUACACUGUAAACUGAAUUGUCUGCCAUCCUAAUGGCGCUCGCUGACGCUACAUUAUGUCACUGAGCCUGACUCUUGAUUAUUACUGAUUCUGUCAUCAAUGAAGGCUCUUCACUCAUAUAAUGACUUACAAGAUGCUCAUUGGAGAAGCCAGAUACAGAUACUCAAAAAUUCGAGAAAAAGGGAAUUAAUGUGCAAUUGUUAUAGAUUCCAUCACACAGUCCAUCAUGAUGAAGUUAUGUUAGCCAAUGUAGAAUAUAACUUAAGUGUAUCUGUGUAUCAGCAUUAGGAAUAAUAUUAGGAAAGAAGUAAAUAAUGUAACUGAAUGCAGUUAGAAGCCUGAGUAGAUCUAUAACCCACUAUGAUAACAUGAGCAACUUGCAAUGUGAACAAACUGACUGAUGUUGUAGUAGCCAGGCUUAGGUUUGGUUACAAGUACUUCUGGCAGUUUGGCAGAUACACAUAUGAUCAAACCAAAUGCCAAGUAUGUGGUCAACCCUAUGUUCACUAUCUUGAACACCAUGUGCUUUAUUGUCCACUUAUUGAGGAAUGUAGAGAUGGACGGUAUAAUAACCUAUGUGAUAUGUCAGGGUAUCUUAUUAAUGAAAAUAUGAUACCAGAUAUAUUAAGCAAAUUUCCUAAAUUUGCUUUCAACAUAAAAAUCAACUGCAGAUAUAAAUCCUGAUAUAUUCCUGUCAACCCUUUUGGGGCCUACUUCCUAGGCCUUUCGUGUAUCCAUAUAUUCCUGGGGUGCACAAUUAACUAGCCGCUUCCGCGGCAAAAUCAAAAUCAAUUAUUCUUUAUUAAAACUCAUUGCAAUGUGUAAAAUCCAAAAAUCUCUCUUUACAGUGUAUAAAUACAAACUCUGCACUAUAAGUCAUUCGUGAGAAUUUUGUUUUUCAGAUUUUGCAAUUAUGUAUAAAAUUAUAAGAAAUGUGAUUUAUGCCAACGCGUUGCUGGUUCGUCUCCUAGCCACAUGCAUAGUCAAACCCCACACUGCCCAUCCUUCACAAAUUGAAAGUUGAGGAAGUUCAGUUGAAAGUAUGUUUAGCUUCUAAGAGCUCUGCAGUAGUUAGUUAUUGUGAAGCAGUUUGAUGUUACCUUGUUUUGAGUGGUUUUUGUUAUUAGUCCCAAAAAGUGAUUCAUUCCUGAAAUUAAUUAAUUAGGAAAAUGCUACUGUAUGCGAAACGCAUUAACCCUAUUAGUUUAAUCAGUGUGUUAAGAUAGGAUAUAGUUCCUUAAAUCUCAUGUUAUGACUUAGGUCUAAUUAAAAAAAGAAACUAACUUAACACACUAUACCCGACCCAUCUUAAAAUUAAUCAAUUUAAAACAUACACACAAACAUGGAAAAGUAAAUACUACUGCACUGCAGAUGUGGAUUCUUCUCUCAUUUAUUUCGCUUAUAAAGUUUAAAUGAUCCAAAUUAAAAAAAAAAAAAACUGAUAUUGUUUCUGACGUUGGAUUACCUGAUGAAUU